GUGAUUAAAUUUACAGAUUUUACAAAAUAAAAAAUUAAAAUUACAAAAAUAAAAAUAAAAUGAGUAAAAUUAUAAAUUUAAUAUUAUAAAGGAAUAAAAAGUGUGAUUUAGCCUUAAAUUUAUAUAUAACAAUAUGUCUCUUGGGACGUUUUGGGCAAUUUCAUCUGUGAAAAGUGAAAAGUUAUGCUUUUGGUUCCUCGUAAGUUCACACUUCACGUGACAUGCCAAUGAUCCGAUGCUCCCUGCUCGGUCUAUAUGUUUCCAUCGAACGCCUAGUUCAUAUAGGAGGAAUCCUGUGUCCUCUUUUUACGAUAAUCAUAAUCCUAUGCAACUUCUUACAUGGUACAAUCUAAUAUUUUCUGAUACGAUUCUUUGAAGAAAUUAAUGAUUUCUCCGGUCAGGAGGUCACAAAGAAUUCGAGAUUUGUACAACUACCCCAUGCAACAGCAAAAGCAAAGAAUUGCUUCUAAAUGAGGCCUUCCACUAUAAAAGAAAUACUAAACCCAUAAAGCUGGUCUUGUGGCUGAGGAUUUCAUGAAAGCAACGUAACUGCUUGUCUGAUGUAAUGCAUAACUGAUUUAGCACACAACUACCUCCUUCAGAAUAGUAUAAAUUACAAAUCUUAGGGACAUUGUCCAUUCCCUUGGCCAUCAAAUUCAACCCCUCUUUAGUUUAAGGCUUAACAUACGUUAUCAACUAUAAUCCUUAAAAUGCUAACAAAGCCAUUCAGGAAGGUCACCAGUUUGCUCAUUCUCUUUACAUUCUUCUCUUGCUGUUUCUCUAACACAUUCAACAUAAUCAACAACUGCCCACAUACUAUAUGGCCUGGCACACUUGCGGGUUCAGGGAGUCCUCCCCUCGCAACAACCGGAUUCCAGUUGGACAUGGGCCAAAGCAUCAAGCUGACAACUGUUCCAGGAUGGUCAGGAAGGAUAUGGGCAAGGACUGGUUGCAAAUUUGAUGCAACAGGAGUUGGCAAAUGUCAAACAGGUGACUGUGGGGGAAGGCUGGAAUGUGAUGGAAAUGGUGCUGCUCCUCCAACCUCACUGUUUGAGAUCACAUUUGGUGCAGGCAAUGGACAAGACUACUAUGAUAUCAGCAUGGUUGAUGGCUACAAUUUGCCAUUACUCGCUCUACCACGAGGUGUAUAUGGCGGUGCCUGUAAUGCCACAGGUUGUAUUACUGAUAUUAACAGAGGUUGCCCUAAAGAACUUCAAGUAGUAGGAGGCGAUCAAAACCAAAGGGUAGUCGGGUGUAGGAGUGCUUGCGAGGCAUUCAAGUUGGACAAGUAUUGCUGCAGUGGAGAAUUUGCAAAUCCAAAUACUUGUCAGCCUUCCUAUUAUUCAACCAUUUUCAAGAAGGCUUGUCCAAGAGCUUAUAGCUACGCAUUUGACGAUGGCACCAGCACUUUCACUUGCAAAGGGUACCAAUAUGAUAUUGUUUUCUGUCCCAACAGCAAUGGGAUGAGAAGACCAAAUCUUGCACCUCCUCCUCCGCCAAUUAGACAACCUUAUCGAAAGCAUCAGCAGGUCACUUCCUCAUCAAAUAUUUUAUUACCCUUUCCAGUGACAAUUUUUCUCUUGGUUCUCAGUCUUUCUUGGCAUUUGUAAGGCACGGCCAAUGAUAUAAAAUAACAUCUGGAAGAAUUCCACAAGUUAGGGCUUUUGAAAGGAGGGGAGAAGAAAAAAAGGCCCGAUCAAUGAGAUGGAAAUGAACCAUGAAAAUAUUACACUUGAAGACCAUCUCUGCAAACAAAUGAUUCAGAAAGUACUGUUCUGAAGCUUCAAUAUAUUAGGAGAUUAUUAAGAACGGAUACAAUCUAAACAGCACCCAGUCAUAAUU